AUGAGGCUGCUGGAUAGCAACUUUGGGGCCGAACCUGAGUUAGUGCCCAAAACGCCGUCGCAGAGGAGGCGUCCCAAGAAAAGGCAGUCCUCCUCUCUCAAAGAUGAAAGCAAGGAGCCAACCAGGAGGAGGUUGUCCAGAAGGAGAAGCAGCGUCAAGCUAGUGUCUUCCAAGCCAGGUUGCCAGAAACGCCACAGCAAAGAGCAACCCCCGAACCCCAGCAGUCUGGGGGAAGAGGUGUCCACACCCGACCCUGCAGUAGGGUCUCAGGCCAGGGUUAAAACAGAGCUUCCAGCACUGCCAGUGGCGCUGACUGGGAAAUGGCCAGCAGAAGCGCAAGUUCCAGUGGCAAAAAUGGAUUGUAGCGACUUCCCUCAGGUCGAGUUAGGGAAGGGAGACAGGGCCAAUAUAGGACGUGGGGCCGGUAAGGCUGUCGCAGGAGAGCGAUUGCCCACGGGGGCUGGAGUUACUGAGCUGCCUGAUGUGUCAUCUGUCACUGUGGUCCCUGGUGGCCAGACAGCAAGGGAGGGGGAAGAGACCCCCGGAAGAGGAGCAAGUACCUCCACUCCCAAGGCUGCUAGAAAUGGAGAUCCUGCCACAGACCAAGGAAAGUGGUCUCCUCAAGGCCUAGAAAACGUGCUUUUCCGGGACUCUGACAACAAAAUGACCGCUAUGAGAGCCAAAACACGCCGUUGCUCUGGGCGCCGAAGCUUUGUGGGUGGCCCCCACAAAGGCUGUAGGUCCUCCUUGGCAGAAAAAUAUUCACUGGCCAGCAAAAGAGAGAGCAUGAUCCGGAGAUCUAUCAGCAGGGCCAUUUCAAAGAAGGCAGCAGCUCGAGAAUCAUCCUCUGCCUCCAGCAGAGUGAGCUGUCAAAGCUCCGCGGAGGUAUUUGUGGAAGAUGAUAUGAGCAGCAGCAUGAGACCUGAACUGGAACUGAACCCCCAAAGUGAAAAGAUUCCUGAAAACUUCCUUGCUUCAAGCAAGAGUAUGCAAGCUGCCAGCCCUCCUGCACAGCACUUCCCUCCCCCUGAGCAGCAAAGAGGGAAUAAUGAAGAAGGCUAUGUAAAUACAAAUAGCGAAUCCCAAAAGGAGAACCAGGAGCAACCCCACAGUGCUGAGUUCCAGGAGAAACCCUCACGCAUCUGGACGAGAAGCUAUAAGCAAGCAAUGGGUGUUAUGUGGGACGGGCAGCAGCAAGGGGGUCGUGCCCUUUCCCCUUUGGAUGACAAGUGUCUGAAUUCUGCAAACCAGACUGCAUCUUCUGCCUCUCCAGCUAGCAAGGUUGUUCGUCCGUUGAAAAACUUUUUGCAAGCUGUUCAGAGAAACCAGCUACUCGCGAGCCCGGGGUCCACAGGACGUGGGGGCAUCAUAAGGAAUUUCAUCAAACGCAACACUCCCACCCGACCUGAUCUUAAGGAGAAGGAGCGGCAGAGACUAGAAAGCCUCAGGAAGAAGCAGGAGGCUGAGGAACAGAGGAAAAAGAAAGUGGAGGAGGAAAAGAGACGGCGGCAGGCAGAAAUGAAACAGAAGAGGGAAGAGCGCCUAAGGAAGGCGCUGCAGGCUCGGGGGCGGGUGGAACAAAUAGAAGAAGAAAAGAAAAAGCGGAUGGAACAGAAGAUCUUGCAGAAUGAUGAAAAGGUGCGUCUCUCACAAGUGCGGGAAGAGAAAGCGGUAGAGGAAAGGAGCAAGAAGAAGCUAUCGAAGAAGGCUGGAGAAGCUGAUGCACGGAAACAGAAGGCGCUGAGGAUGGAGGAAGAUGAAUUUGAGCAGCAGGAACUCCUGCAGAAAAGGAGAGAGGAUGAAGUGAAAGAAAAGGGGAAGAAAGUCUUGGAGCUAAAGAAUCUCGUAGAGCAGCGCCAGGUGGAACAAGUGAAGGAGAGGGAUUACAAACAACGAGGGAAGGAGAAGGCCCCCCCACCACAGCUGGAGUUGGCAGUGUUUACUGGAGAAAACAUAAAGGAGGAAGAGAGCCCAAAAGACCUGCACCAGCUGCCUGGGCAGGAGACGAGAGGCAAGCAACCAGAAUUCAUUGCCACGGCUUCUAAUACACGGCUCAAAGUGGUAAAGGAGGAAGACAGUCUGCAGGAGCCUCAGCUGCAUAUGGGAGAGGAGAAAAAAAGCAAGCAACCAGAACUGAUGACUGCUGCUUCCAGCACAUGGCUGAGCAAAACUGUAAAGAAAUCUAUCUCCACAUCCUGCUUAGGGCCACCAAAGGGCUCCAAGGGGUCCAGGUCCCCCAAAGUAAGUGAAAAUAAUUAUGGGAUGGAUCUGAACAGUGACGACUCCACAGAUGAUGAGAAUGAACCCCGGAAGCCUGUCCCUGCCUGGGCUGAUGGGUUUCAGCUUAAUCAAGCUAUUUUACACCAGUACUAUCACCCAGUGAAUGUUGACCAGCUCUUUGGGUUAAUUGCAAGCCCUAAACUGGAGGAUAUUUUUGGCAAGAACAAGCCUCGAUACUUCAAACGCACCAGCUCAGCAGUUUGGCAUUCCCCACCUGGGACAAAACCUGCAUGUGGCACGUCUUGCAUCUUCAAAAACUGAGAAAAGGCUAAGUGUGUCUCUUCUCUCUA